AUGAAAAAGGUCGAAUGGACCCGAUCACUACAGGCCAAACAUGUCCAUCCUGGAGUAUUUGCGUCACAUCCAACUGCCUCCUCAGAAGCCAAACAACCCCAUUUCCACCUGCGCUCCUUUACAGCUGGGCAUAUCGCAGCAUCAAUUCCGCCUCCUCCACAACUAGUGUCCUCUCCCAUAACCAUUCCUUCACACGCCGAAAAUAUCCGUGAUCAUCUACGCGAUUUCAAACAUGACAGAUGGGGCUGGGUAAUCUACCGCUGCACAUACAGCGACGACAACGCAUGGGCCCGAUUUCAGCAAAUCAUCAAUGAACGAUCCCGCCAGAGAAUGGCGGAGCCCGAUGUGGCCCCCGAAGUUGCAAACAACCUCGAAUGGAAAUUAGUGUCCGACCCGACAACACUCGACGGCGCGUCGCGGGACCAACUCCGUGCUCGCUUCCGCACUUGGGCGGCUGAGGCACGCGCGACCGGAAAGCAUUUAUUUGACUGGCUUGAGAUCACAGCGGAAGCGUUGUGGAGUGUGGUUGAAGGGGAUCCGGAUGAUACUCUGGAUGGGAGCUGGGUUCAUCUCGUGCGCGCGGGCGAUCACGACUUUGAUCGCAGCGCGAAAGCUGAAGAGGACGAAGAUGAUGGAGAGGUAGAGGAUGAGGGCUGGAUGAUGAUUGCGGCAUACAUGAUUGGACCGGAUUUCUACGAUGUAAUAGGGCCAGAGCCCGAGGCUUGGUAUAAAUUGUUUCUACUCGCCCCCGCCUGGAUUUGUUGUUUAUUGAUACUUUCGUAUAAUGGUUGA